AUGGGUGCUUCGAGGCUAGGGAGUCGCAGUCGAAAGAAGCAUGCGCGAAGGAAUCGCAGGUCGAGGAAGAUGAUCAGACUCUCAUGGGUGAAAGGUGGUGGUUACGAAGGCGUCUACGUAGUCCUUAAGUCCCUGACCUCAUCUGAAAGAAACCAAAGAACACAAUGCAAUGCAAAGCAAAGCAAGAAAUCCAAUCACAGCAGCGACAGUCAGUGGGAGAGGUGCAAGAAGGAGAGUGGAGAGGCAUUGCGUUUCUCGAAGUUCUGUUCUGUACCUCAGCCCCCCGGCUCAUUCGUUUCGUUUCCUUUCGCUCGCAAAGGGCUUCCCCCCAACCAGCCAAAGAACACACUGGCCAUGGGCGCCCCUCCACUCCCAGUGACCUCUACGGAACUCCGUAAGCCCCCAACACCACCUCGUGCACCUUCGCGCUGCUCUCACCACCUCUCGCGCACUUUUGCAAGACUGAUCUUCCCCAUUUACGGGCUUGGAAUGGAAGAGACCCUUAAUUCCAGACCCCAACCUUUGCCUCCCUUGCUACUACUGGCUGAGCAGCGUCGUAAGGAAGGCCCAAGCGUGCCCAGAUGCCAACCUUCGGAGCCAUGGAAAUUCUACCUCAAAUCCAAUGUGUACAUUUCCUUGUUUGGGCUUCCUAUGCCAUUUGACGUGUGUGACAACUGUACCGAACUUUUGGGAGGUGGAAGUCAACAUCAAGUUGGUGGAUCGUCUCAAAGUUUUACAUCUCUCCAUGGACACGCCAACAUCAACGUCUAUGUCAAUGUUCUUGCGACAAAUGCCAAUUCUGAACUCUACCGUCCCUCCACGUUCUCAGUAAUCCUAACAAGCAACUUUGCAGUGCAUGAUCUUCUUAAUCGGCUUCCGAGUGACCGUCCUCUGCAUCUACCCAUCCUCCUCUCCUUUCAAAUAGAACUCUCCGGCCCUUCGACCCUCUCAAUAGUCCUCACAAGCAGUGCAGCAGAGCAGAAUUUGUCCAAUCGCUCUCUAGCUCAGUUAAUAUCUUAUUGUCAUCAUACCUUCAUAAAAGACCUAGAACACCACACUUUGGAGCUAGCUUGCUUGAAGCCACUCUUUCAAUUUCCACAGAAACUCUGGUAUUACCUACAUAUGCUCCAGAGGUCUGAAAGUCGCCCACCCCAGCAUCUCAACCCCACAGUAAGGGAAGUAUGGGGAGACCCCAGCACCUCACUUCACUAUAUUUUGAGGGAGGCCAAAGCGAAAUCUAGAACGAAAUCUCAACCCAACCUUGCGCAGCCCGAGAACAAAGCCAAAAUCGAAAGGUCAGUGCCAAAAGCAAAAAUGAAAGGCAAUGCAAAGCAACGCUCCCAUGACCCUUUCUUACAUCCAUUUCCCGGUCCUUCAGAGACGAUGUCCGAUAGGAGGCCCGUGAACGAAGCUAUGCCUAUUCACAAUCGUUUACUGUCUCCUUAUAGCCGUUUAGUGCAAGAAGGUAAAUGGGUGAAUGUCACCGAUAUGUCAAUGGCCAUGAAAGUAUGGGCUUUGGGGAGGAGAGAGCGGAGUAUAAGAAUGACCCGCCAAAUAGAUUACGCGGCUAAAAAUAAGAAGUGGAAGAAAAACCCACGACGUGGCGCGUUGCUGCCGCCACAUUUCGUAAUAGCUGUGAGGAAAUUCGGGUAA